AUGGAUAAAAAUAUGUUUCAAAAAUUAUCAGAGCAACCAGAAAAUUUCUGGGUGCUGAAUGAAAGUCUUAAUGAUUCAUGCCCUUCAAUUUCGCAAGCUACAAUUUUUCUAAAUUACAAGAAAAAUCCUCCAAUUCUACAAGAUCAAUCUACAACUACCGGAGUACCUUAUAAACACUGGUUUAAUUACACAAAGCCAUCAGAACGUAUUGCAAGUUCAUAUACUCCAAAUUUAUCAACAUAUCGUAUAAAUGAUUUAUCAAAAAAACGGUGUAUGAAAAAAAAAUCAAUUUUAUUUAAUCGUUACAAUAUUGAUUGUAAAGAAUUUAAUUAUUCGUCGAUAAAAUAUUUACAUGCUCACAAACAAGAAAUAAUUAAUAAAAAUACUAAGAAAAUAAAAUUACUCGAAUCAGAACCAAAUAAUAUUGUUAGUCUUGUUGAUUUGGUUGACGGAACGUGGUAUAAAAGAAAAAUGAUUAAAAAUGAUCGUAAAAUAAUGAAAAAAAACAAUGAAUUAAUUCGACAACAACAAGAUGAAUCGUUAAAAAAAACAUUUGAAAUAAAAGAUUUACAAAACCGACAAGCAGAUUUACCAAGAUCUAUUGAGUCACAACGAUCAGAAUUAUUGGGUACAAUUGAAAAAGAAUCUAAUGAAAAUAUUAAAUUUGAAACUGUUUCUAAGCUUCAAUAUUUAAUAAAUCAAUCUAUAAAGGAUUUUCAUUUAGAACCUUAUGAUUAUUUAUAUUUAGAAAAAGCGCAAGAGCGAUUGUCGUAUAAAUUAAAAAAAUUAAAAUAUUUUAAUUUCAUAUUUAAAUCAUUGGAGUUAGAAAUAAUUAAUGAUUAUAAACAAAGUAUUCGAUUUGCGAUAGUUGAUUAUAUUUUACUUGACCCUUUAGAACGUAAACGAUUACUUAAUACUGAUAUAUUACCAAUUCAGUAUCCAGUAAUGCAUAUUCGUGCACCUGUACCAUGGCAUAAUUUUUUUGUUAAUGCAGCUCAUUACAAUGAACAUAAUCUUUUUAUUGGAAAUGAAAUUUUAAGAGACAUUAGAGAGUUAUGGUUUUCAAAGUAUCAUAAAAUGAGAAUAAUUCAGUUAAGUGAUUUUGGAAAAUUUCCAGUUCCCGCUCUAGAGUUAGAGUCAUUAGUUGAUUCAGUUUGUAAUAAUACAAAUAAAAUAUUGUUGAAAGAAUGGCUUGCAGAUGUUGCGGAAUUAUUUAUUGAAAAAAAAUACGCUUGGUCAUAUUUGCUGGAAAAAAAAUUCAAUACUCCUACAGCUCUUAUUGAAAAAUAUUUUCGUAGUACAAAUAUUUUAUUAUCACAGCAAUUACGUAUAAUAGUAAUUGAAACUUUAAAAGAAAUGAAAAAUUUUUUAAUUCAAUAUAAAAAUGGGAAUAAAUUUGAAAAGGAAUAUUAUGAUUUAUUAUUUAUUCGAACUCCAUUCAUAAGAAUUACAGUUGAGCCUGUAUUAGGAAGUACAGAAUUACGAUUAAAUCCAAAUGUUAUGGAAAUGUAUAAUACUGUAUCAAGAUGUUUUGAUAGGAUAUUAUUAGUUGGAUCUACAGUUCCUAAAAUUGAGGCAAUUAUUUUUCCAGAAUUUCAAGGGACUGCUUAUUUAUUAUCUGUGUCACGCGACGAAACUUUGGUAUCAUUAAUUAUUAAUGAAGCACUAGAAUCAAUUGUAUCAAAUAAAAUAGGUCCAGAAUUAUAUUUAAAAUGUUAUAAUGAUUUAUUAUAUAUUUUAAAUGGUCAAGCAAAUGAAAGUUUAAAUAAUUAUUUUAAAACUGAACCAAUACCAUCAUUACAAGAAUUCGGCCAUUGGAUUGAUAGUUAUGACAAUCUGAGUAAAGAAAUAUGUUUAUUUCGAAAUAAAAUUCCAUUGAAUAUGAUUGAAAUUGAUUGUAAAAUUGUAAAUGAUACAAUGCGUAAUAUUCUUUAUGAUCUUCGUUCGAAAAUAUGUGAUUAUUUUUUGAAUGAAUUACGAUUAAAUAAUCAUAAAUUAUGUCAUAUAUUUGAAGAAAUAGCUGAAAAAAUAUCUGGAAUGCCUGAAACAACUCAAGAAGUCGUUGAUUUAUUUAAUUUUCUUUGUGAUAGUCGUGACAAUACAAUGUUUAGUUUGCGUAAUAAAUUAAAUCGUUGUGGUGAAUUAAUUAUUUUUUUAUUAAAUUAUCAACCGCCAAGUGAUGAAGAUAUUCAAUUAAAUACACGAACUCUUACAUGGCCAAAUGAAAUGGAAGUAAUAAUGGAAUUAGCAACAAAACGAUUAAAUAUGAGAAAAGAAUUUGUUGAAGGUGUAUUACGCAAACGUCGAGAUAAUUUUGAAAUAAAAAUUCAACGCAUGCAACAAGCUAUUGAUAUAUUUAAAAAAAAAGAUCCACCAGUACUUACUGUUGAAGAAAUGAUACAAUCAACUGAAGAAAUUGAAAAAUUGUCAAUAAAUAUGACAGACAUGAGGCAAGAAGCUGAACAAAUAAAUAAUGAAGAAGGUCUUUUAGAUAUUGAAAUAACUCCUUAUUUAUCAUUACCUAGUAUGCUAUCAACAGUUGAUACUUUUGAUACACUUUGGCAUACAGUUUUGAAUUUUCAUAAAAAUUAUGAACGAUGGUACUAUGGUCCAUUUUCUGGUUUAAAUGCUGAACAAAUACGUGAAGAAACUGAUAACACAUGGAAAAUUUUAUAUAAAUUAGGACGUGCAUUAUCAGAUACACCUGGUGCUCGUCGGAUUGCCGAAAUGAUACGUGGUAAAGUUGAAAAAUUCAAGCAAUUUAUACCUGUUUUGCAAACAAUAUGUACACCAGGCUUACAAGAACGUCAUUGGGAAUUAAUUAGUAAAGUUGUUAAUACAAACAUUAUUAAAAAUGAAAAAACUAGUCUAUCAGAUAUGAUUGAAUAUGGUUUAUCAGUUUAUAUUGAUAAAUUAGAAGAAAUAUCAUCGGCAGCAACUAAAGAACACUUGCUUGAAGGUAAUUUAAAAAAAAUGAAAACAGAAUGGGAAGAUGUUUAUUUUGAUUUAAUUCCAUAUCGUGAUACGGGUGUUGAAAUUUUAUCAGCUGUUGAUGAUGUACAAAUGUUAUUAGAUGAUCAUAUUCUUAAAGCACAAACAAUGCAUGGCUCACCAUUUGUUAAGGCUUUUGAAAAUGAAAUUGAAAGUUGGGAAACAAAAUUAAUAUCAAUGCAAGAUAUUAUCGAUCAAUGGUUAACUUGUCAAGCUACAUGGAUGUAUUUAGAGCCGAUAUUUAGCAGUGAAGAUAUUAUGCGACAAAUGCCAGUUGAAGCUAAAAAUUUUUGCCAUGUUGAUAAAAUUUGGCGUACAAUUAUGAAUUUAGUUAGUGAAAAUAAAAAAGUAACAGUUGCUACAUCUAUUCCUAAUAUGUUUGAAGAAUUUAAAUUAUGCAAUCAAUUACUUGAUGAAAUUCAAAAAGGUUUAAAUGAUUAUUUAGAAAAAAAAAGAUUAUUUUUUCCGCGUUUCUUUUUUCUAUCAAAUGAUGAAUUACUUGAAAUUUUAUCUGAAACAAAAGAUCCACAGCGUGUACAACCACAUUUGAAAAAAUGUUUCGAAGGUAUUUAUAAAUUACGUUUUACAAAUAAUGAUGAAAUAAUAGGUAUGUUAUCUGCUGAAGAGGAAUAUGUACCAAUGAGUGUAAAAAUUUAUCCAGCUGAUGCUAAAGGUAUGGUUGAAAAAUGGUUGUGUCAAGUUGAAGAAAUAAUGAUAACAUCAUUACGCGAUAUUGCUCAAGAUAGUAUAAUUUCAUAUUUUACUGCUGUAAGACAUGAAUGGAUUGUAUCAUGGCCAGGACAAAUAGUACUUUGUAGUAGUCAAAUUCACUGGACAAGUGAAGUUAUUGAAAGUUUUAAAGAUAAUUCAACAAAAGCUUAUUUAAAUAAAUGUAGCAAUCAAAUUGAUAAAACUAUAACAUUAAUACGAAGUAAACUAGAUUCUGGAACACGAAUAACUCUUAAUGCAUUGAUAGUAAUAGAAGUUCAUGCUAGAGAUAUUGUUAAAUUACUUGUCGUUAAAAAAGUUAAUGAUCCUAUGGAUUUUAAUUGGAUUUCUCAGCUUAGGUAUUAUUGGUUAGAAGGUGGAAUAACAGUAUCAAUGAUUACAACUGAUGUUGAGUAUGGUUUUGAAUAUUUAGGAAAUGCUCCACGUUUAGUAAUAACACCUCUAACUGAUAGAUGUUAUCGAACAUUAAUGAGUGCUAUGAAAUUAAAUCUUGGUGGUGCUCCAGAAGGACCAGCAGGCACUGGAAAAACUGAAACAUCUAAAGAUCUUGCUAAAGCUGUUGCUAAACAAUGUAUUGUAUUCAAUUGUUCAGAAGGAUUAAAUUACAAAGCAAUGGGUAAAUUUUUUAAAGGCUUAGCCCAAUCUGGUGCAUGGUCAUGUUUUGAUGAAUUUAAUAGAAUUGAAUUAGAAGUAUUAUCGGUUAUUGCACAACAAAUAUUAACAAUACAAAUGGCAAUAAGUAUUAAAUCAGAACGAUUUAUUUUUGAAGGAACAGAAAUAAAAUUAAAUCCUACUUGUAAUAUUUUAAUUACAAUGAAUCCUGGUUAUGCUGGCCGGCAAGAAUUACCAGAUAAUCUUAAAGUUCUUUUUCGUACUGUUGCUAUGAUGAUACCAGAUUAUAGUAUGAUUGGUGAAAUAACAUUAUAUUCUUAUGGAUUUACAGAUGCUAAAAAUUUAGCUGAUAAAAUUGUCUUUACUUAUAAACUUUGUUCUGAACAAUUAAGUUUACAAAGACAUUAUGACUAUGGUAUGAGAGCUGUUAAAACAGUACUUGAUGCUGCUGGAAAUUUAAAAUUAAAAUAUAAAAAUGAGAAUGAAUCAAGUUUAAUAUUACGUGCUAUUAUUGAUGUUAAUUUACCUAAAUUUUUAUCUGACGAUAUUCCAUUAUUUAAUGGUAUUUAUAAUGAUUUAUUUCCUGGUGUUCAAUUACCACAACCUGAUCGUAAUGAAUUAAUUGAAUUAUUAAAAAUUCAUCUGGAUAAAAAAAAUCUUCAAGGUACAUCUUGGUAUAUAGAUAAAAUAAUCCAAAUUUAUGAAAUGAUAUUAGUAAGACAUGGACUCAUGAUUGUUGGUGAUACUCUUGGAGGUAAAACUGAAGCUUAUAAAAUAUUAGCUGAUGCCCUUGGAGAUUUAUCAAUGAACAAACGAUCAAAUAUUAAAGAAUUUAAAACAAUAUAUAGAGUUAUUAAUCCAAAAGCUAUUUCAAUAGGAUUAUUGUACGGUAAUUUUGAUCCUGUCUCUCAUGAAUGGAAAGAUGGAGUUAUUGCUAAUACAUUUCGAGAGUAUGCACAGUCAUUAAGUUUUGAACGUAAAUGGAUUAUUUUUGAUGGUCCUGUUGAUGCUGUAUGGAUUGAAAAUAUGAAUACAGUAUUGGAUGAUAAUAAAAAACUUUGUCUUAUGUCUGGUGAAAUAAUAAUUAUGUCAAAAAAAAUGAAUAUGAUUUUUGAACCCGCUGAUUUAGAUCAAGCUUCACCUGCAACUGUCAGUAGAUGUGGUAUGAUUUAUAUGGAACCCUCACAAUUAGGAUGGCAAUCUAUUUUUGAAUCUUUUAAAAAAACAUUAAAAGAGAAAUUACUUGUAGAACAAUUUGAAUUAGCUGUUGAAUUGAUUGAAUGGUUAACUAAACCAAUAUUUUAUUUUAUUCGUCAUAAUUGUCAAACAUUCGUUAAUGUAACUGAUAUCUAUAUGUUUUUGGCUUUUACGAAAAUAUUCAAUGCAAUGCUAGAAGAUGAAACUCAAAUUAGUACAAUUUGGCUUCAGUGUACUCUACUAUUUAGCAUAGUAUGGGGAUUUGCAUCAACUCUUAUAAGUGAGAGUAAACAUUUAUUUGAUACUUAUUUGAGAGAUUUAUUGCUUGGUAAUAUAGAAGAAAACCCAAAACCUAAAGCAUUUAAAUUAUCUAAACAACAAAUUUUUCCUGAUCGAGGAUCAAUAUAUGAGUGGAUAUACGAUAAAAGAAAUAAUGGAACUUGGAUAUCUUGGAUAGAUCUGAAUACUGCUGUACCUUUACCUGCUGACACUGCAGUAAAUGAAUUAAUAAUGCCAACAAAUGAAGUAUUAAUGCAAAAAUUUUUUAUGAAAAAAUUACUUGAAAGAUCAAUACCAAUACUAUUUAUUGGACCAACUGGAACUGGAAAAUCAUCAGUAGUUUUAAAUUAUUUGAUAAAUCUUCCGAAAGAUAAAUAUAUUGAAAAUGUGAUAAAUUUUAGUGCUUAUACAAGUGCUGCUCAGACUCAAGAAGUAGUUAUGUCUAAAUUAGACCGCCGUAGAAAAGGAGUUUAUGGUCCUACAAUGGGUAAAAAAUGUAUAUUAUUUGUAGAUGAUUUAAAUAGACCAUUGAAAGAAACUUACGGCGCACAACCACCAAUUGAACUUUUACGUCAGUGGAUUGAUCAUGGUCAUUGGUUUGAUCCAAAAGAUACAUCAAUGCUUUAUUUAGUAGAUAUAUUAAUGAUUGGAGCAAUGGGAUCACCAGGUGGAAGAUUAAAUUCAAUUACAUCAAGAUUUAUAAGACACAUGCAUGUAAUUGGAAUAGAUACUUUUGAUGAUAAUACAAUAACUAAAAUAUUUACAUCAAUUCUUGAUUGGCAUUUUUCAAAAGGUUUCGAAUCUAAUAUAUCCCGGCUAAGUAAAAUGAUUGUUGCUGCUACAAUAGAUAUUUAUAAUAAAUCUAUUGAUAAUUUUUUACCAAUUCCUGCUAAAAGUCAUUAUACUUUUAAUUUACGAGAUUUUAGUCGAGUAAUUAAUGGAAUUGUUUUAGUACCUGCUGCUAGAAUGCGUGAUCCUGAUAAAUUAAUAAAAUUAUGGAUUCAUGAAGUCUUUAGAGUAUUUCACGAUCGUCUUGUUGAUGAUGAUGAUCGUAAUAAACUUUUUGAAAUGGUAAAGAAUGUUGUUAAUAAUCAAUUACAUCUCUCUUUAGAUAAAGUACUUAACAAUUUAUUAAAAGCUAAUGAAAAUAGUAUAACAAGUAAUCAUAUUUGUGAUUUGUUAUUUGGAAUGUAUAUGGAACCAGAUGCAGAUCCUAAAAUAUAUGACGAAGUUAUUGAUUUAAAUGAUUUACAAGAAAAAAUGAAUUAUCAUCUUAUUGAAUAUAAUAAAAUGUCAAAUAAUUCAAUGUCAUUAGUGUUAUUUCGUUAUGCUAUUGAGCAUAUAUCCAGAAUAUCAAGAAUUAUAAUGCAAUCUAAAGGUAAUGGAUUGCUAGUGGGUAUUGGUGGAUCAGGUAGAAGCUCAUGUUCAAAAUUAGCAGCAAGUAUUUGUGAAUAUGAUAUUCAUCAAGUUGAAAUAACAAAAAAUUAUGGUAUUAAUGAAUGGCGUGAUGAUUUAAAAUUAUUAUUACAUAAAGCCGGUUGUGAUGGUAAAUCAACAGUAUUUUUAUUUUCUGAUAAUCAAAUAAAAGAUGAAUCAUUUCUUGAAGAUAUAAAUAUAAUAUUAAACACUGGUGAUAUACCAAAUCUUUAUACUGCUGAAGAAAAAAUAGAAAUACUUGAUAAAAUAGCAAAUAUUGCACAACAUGAUAAUAAUAAAAAAAUAGAAACAACACCAAUGGCUCUUUAUAGCUUAUUUAUUGAAAGAGUUAAAAAAUAUUUACAUAUUAUAAUAACAAUGUCACCGAUUGGUAAUACAUUUAGAAAUCGUAUCAGAAUGUUUCCGUCAUUAAUAAAUUGUUGUACUAUUGAUUGGUAUUUAGCUUGGCCAUCAGAAGCACUUGAAGAAGUAGCAACAGUGUCAUUACAGUCAUUAGAUAUUGAUUCUGAUAUUCGUAAUAAAUGUGUUAUUAAUUGUAAAAAUUUUCAUCAAAGUGUACAAGAAGCAAGUUAUGAUUAUGAAAAAAGAAAAGGUAGAAUAAAUUAUGUAACACCAACAAGUUUUCUUAAAUUAAUAAAAUCAUUAGCAAAAUUAUACGUUGAAAAAGUUGAACAAAUAAUAUCACAACAGAAUCGUUACAUUGUAGGACUUGAAAAAUUAAAUUUUGCUGCUGGUCAAGUGUCAGUUAUGCAAAAUGAACUACAUGAAUUGCAACCAAAAUUAGUUUCUCAAUCACAAUUAAGUGAUAAAUUGAUGAUUAAAAUAGAACAAGACACUGUUAAUGUUGAAGCUAAAAAAGAAAUAGUUGCUGCUGACGAAGCAUUAGCAAAUGAAGCAGCAGCUGCUGCUCAAGCAAUAAAAGAUGAUUGUGAAAGUGAUUUAGCAGAAGCUACUCCAGCUUUAGAAGCAGCAUUAGCUGCUUUAAAUACACUUAAACCUGCAGAUAUCACAAUUGUUAAAUCAAUGAAGAGUCCACCAGCUGGUGUUAGAUUAGUAAUGGAAGCAGUAUGUGUAUUAAAAGGUGUUAAACCUGAACGUGUUCAAGAUCCUUCAGGUUUUAUGGUUGAUGAUUAUUGGCCAGCAUCAAUAAAAUUACUUGGUGAUAUUAAAUUUUUAGAAAGUCUUAAAAAUUUUGAUAAAGAUAAUAUUCCACCCGGUAAUAUUAAAAAAAUAAGAGAAAAAUUUAUGAAUGAUAGAAGUUUUCAGCCAGAAGUUAUUAAAAAAGUAUCGACUGCUUGUGAGGGAUUGUGUAAAUGGAUACGAGCUAUGGAAGUUUAUGACAGAGUUAUAAAAGUUGUCGCACCUAAAAAAGCAAUGCUUGCAGAAGCUGAGGCUGAACUUGCUGCUCAAAUGGAAACUUUAAAUGCUAAAAGAACAUUAUUACAAGAAGUUACUGAUAAAUUGCAAACGUUAAAUGAUGAAUUCGCUGAAUGUAUGAGAGAAAAAAAAAAAUUAGAAGAUCAAAUUGAUCAUUGUAUGCAAAAAUUAGAUAGGGCUGAAAAAUUACUUGGUGGAUUAGGUGGUGAAAGAACACGAUGGAGUAAUACUGCUGCUAAUUUAGGUGAUAGUUUAAUAAAUGUUAUUGGUGAUGUAUUAUUAGCUUCAGGGAUUCUUGCUUAUCUUGGAGCAUUUACUGUUGAUUAUCGUAAUAAUUUAAUUAAAAAAUGGCAUAACUCUUGUAAAUCAAUGGCUAUUCCGUGUAGUGAUGAAUUUAAACUUGCUGAUAUUAUUGGCGAUCCUGUUGAAAUUAGAAACUGGAUGAUUCAAGGCCUACCAGCUGAUAAUUAUUCAAUUGAAAAUGGUAUUAUUGUUAAAUAUGGUGGUCGUUGGCCGCUUAUGAUUGACCCACAAGGACAAGCUAAUAAAUGGAUUAAAAAUAUGGAAAAGUCAAAUAAAUUAUCAGUUAUUAAACUUACUGAUGUAAAUUAUGUUAAAAUUAUAGAGCAAGCUAUUCAAAUUGGUACACCAAUUUUAUUAGAAAAUAUUCUUGAUGAUUUAGAUGCAAUACUUGAGCCAGUAUUAUUGAAAACUAUUUAUAAACAAUCUGGAAUUUUUUAUUUAAAAUUCAAUGAAUCAAUAUUAGAAUACAACAAUAAUUUUAAGUUUUAUAUAACAACCAGGCUACGUAAUCCUCAUUAUCUACCAGAAAUAGCUAUAAAAGUAAAUAUUAUAAAUUUUAUGAUUACACAACAAGGAUUACAAGAUCAAUUACUAGGUAUUGUUGUUGCUAAAGAUUUACCAGCACUUGAAGAUAAAAAAAACCAAUUAAUUAUUGAAGGAGCUAAUAAUAAACGUAUACUUAAAGAUAUAGAAGAUAAAAUAUUACAAGUAUUAUCAUCAUCAGAAGGUAAUAUUCUUGAAGAUGAAACAGCAAUUAAAAUUUUAUCAUCAUCAAAAUUGUUAUCAGAAGAUAUUCAAUCUAAACAAAAAGUUUCUGCUAAAACAACUAUUGAAAUAGAUCAAGCACGUGAUGCUUAUAAGCCAGUAUCACGUCAUGGUGCUAUACUAUUUUUUUGUAUUGCCGAUUUAGCAAGUAUUGAUCCAAUGUAUCAAUAUUCAUUACCUUGGUUUAUUAACUUAUAUAUUAUGGCAAUAAGUAAUAGUAAAAAAUCAGAUAAUUUAAAUGUACGAUUGGAAAGUUUAAAUUCAAUAUUUACAUUGAGUAUUUAUAAAAACAUUUGCCGUUCAUUGUUCGAUAAAGAUAAGUUAAUAUUUUCACUCGUAUUAACUGUUGGAAUAAUGCGAGCUGACAAUAAAAUAGAACAAGAUUUAUGGCACUUUUUUUUAACUGGUGGUGUUGCACUUGAAGAUCCAUUUAAAAAUCCAGAUUCAUCGUGGAUAAGUAAUAAAUCAUGGUCUGAAAUAAAUCGUGCUUCACAAUUAACUGGUCUUCAGGAACUUAACAUAUCAUUUGAAAAAAAUUUAUUAAAUUGGAAAGCUUAUUAUGAUUUAUCAAAUCCUGAAUAUCAUGAUUUUCCGUCACCAUUUAAUAAAAUAGCGAAUGGUGAAUUAAAAAAACUCGUUAUACUUCGUUGUAUAAGACCAGAUAAACUUGUUUCAGCUGUUGAAAUUUUUAUUAAACAAAAUAUGGGACAAUUAUUUAUUGAACCUCCACCAUUUGAUCUUCAAUCAUCUUAUGAUGAUUCAAAUAAUACAACACCUUUAAUAUUUAUACUAUCAUCAGGAUCAGAUCCAAUGGCAAAAUUAAUUAAAUUUGCUGAGACGAAAGGAAUUUCACGUAAAAAUCUUUUAACAAUAUCUUUAGGUCAAGGUCAAGGACCAUUAGCUGUUGAUAUGAUAUCGAAAGCUAUCAAAAAUGGUGAAUGGGUUGUUCUUCAAAAUUGUCAUUUAGCAGAAUCAUGGAUGAAACAACUUGAUAGUAUAUGUGAUGAAUUAAUUGCACAAGAUAAUACCCAUAGUAAAUUUCGUAUGUGGCUUACAAGCUAUCCAUCAAAAGUUUUUCCAGUAUCUAUAUUACAAAAUGGAAUUAAGAUGAUUUAUGAACCGCCUAAAGGAUUAAAACAAAAUUUAUUACACAGUUAUCUUAAUGAUCCGUUAUCUGAUAUGGAAUUUUUUCAAGGAUGUUUUAAAAUAUCAGAAUGGAGAUCAUUAUUAUUUUCAUUAUGUUUUUUUCAUGCUGUUGUACAAGAAAGGCGUAAGUUUGGCCCACUUGGAUGGAAUAUUCCCUACGAAUUUGAUGAAUCUGAUUUGAGAAUUAGUGUUUUACAAUUACAGGUAUUCCUUAAUGAAUAUGAACAAGUUCCCCUUGAUGCUUUAACAUAUUUAACUGGCGAAUGUAAUUAUGGUGGCAGAAUUACUGAUGAUAAAGAUCGUCGCUUACUAAAUGCUCUCUUGAAAAAUUAUUAUAAUAUGGAAAAUAUUGAAGAUCCUAAAAUAUAUAUUUCAUUAAGUGGAGAUCCAUUUAUACCGAAAAAUAAUGAUUAUGAAGGUUUUUUAAGAUAUAUAAACAGUUUACCAUUAAACCAAAAACCUGAAGUCUAUGGUUUACAUGACAAUGCUGACAUUACUAAAGAUAAUAAUGAAUCAAUGCAAUUGUUAGCUGGUGUAUUGUUAACUCAGACACAAAUAAUUGCUAGUGGAAAUGAAGACAAUACUGAUACAAUAGUAUCAACUAUUGCUAAUGAAAUACUUUUCAAAAUACCAGAACAAUUUAAUAUUGAGGCAGUGUCGGAGAUGUAUCCUGUUGUAUAUAAAAAUAGCAUGAAUACUGUAUUGAAGCAAGAGCUUAUAAGAUUUAAUGAUUUAAUUAAGCAUAUUAAAGACAGUUUAAUUAAUUUACUAAAAGCAAUCAAAGGACAAAUUGUUAUAUCAACAGUACUUGAACAAAUUUAUACGAGUAUAAGCAUUGGUCAAGUACCUAAAAUUUGGAGUACACACUCUUAUCCUUCACUUAAACCACUUGGGAGUUAUAUAAGUGAUUUAUUGAAUAGAAUUAAAUUUUUUCAAGACUGGAUUGAUAAUAAUACACCUAAUAUUUAUUGGAUAUCAGGAUUUUUUUUUACUCAAUCAUUUUUAACUGGAAUAUUACAAAAUUAUGCACGUCAUCAUGAAAUACCUAUAGAUUUAAUAGAUUUUGAAUUUGAAAUUACAAAAUAUUCGGAGACUUUUAAUAAACCACCAGAUUUAAGUGUUUUUAUUAAAGGACUCUUUCUAGAAGGCGCACGGUGGAAUGAAGAGACUCAAAAAUUGGAUGAAUCAAAACCGAAAGUAAUUUUUGAUGUAUUGCCAAUAAUAUGGAUUAAGCCAGGUUUGAAAACGAAUUUCAAGUCCUCAUCAUCAUAUCUUUGUCCUGUAUAUAAAACAACUGCGAGACGAGGUGAAUUAACCACAACAGGACACUCUUCAAAUUUUGUUAUGUUCAUUACAAUACCGACUGAUAUUAAUGAAUCACACUGGAUCACAAGAGGUGUUGCUAGCAUAACUCAACUUGAUGAUUAAAUUUGUAAAAGACAAUAAUAUUUAUUAUUAAAACAAUAGAAUGAUUAUUAUUAUACUUAAUUUAUAAUUAUUUAUUUUUAUAAAUAUAA